GACAUAAGGCCAAAUACUUGGUAUGAAGAUCUGAAGAUGGAGCAUGAGGAGGUCAUGACUGACCUACAGAGAUUGCAGAAUGAGAACAACGAGACUUCAAAGAAGGUGGAUGAGCUUGCCAACCUGACAGUCUUCUAUCGUGGUCUGCACAGCCAGGUCUUCAUGGAACAUACUCAGCUUAAGGACCAAGUAGCCAUGCUGAGGCAGGAGAACAAGAAUCGGACAGAAGAUUGGGUCCUGCUGAAACACCACUUGGCGGCAUUCAAAUUGAUCUGGGAGGACCAAGAGGAAGAGACCAGUGACCUCCAAACCCAGCAACAACAGGAAUUUGAAAGAUUGGAGGGAAACCUGCAGGUCCUGUGGAAGCAGAAGGAGAUGAUCACCCAGGAAAAGGACUUGGCAAAAAAGCUGCAGCAUCACUUUGAGGUCUCCCAAAUGAGGUCAGAGAAACUGACACAUGAGCUGGAACAGGACACAGCCCAGCAUGAGAGCCUGCUUCAGAAGGAGCUGUUAAACCAGGAGCCACCUGCUGAGCCCAAUCUCUGGGAAAUUCUGGAUUAUGAUGCACUUUCUCCCUAUUAUUUUUUACCUAUGUGUGAAUAGGCCUUGGUUGUGCCUAGCCAUUUACCCUGGAUGCCUGCUUCUGGGCCUUGACUCCCUUUCCUUAUUGACAAUACUGAUUGAGAAACUGAUUAGGCCAAAGGAAGGCAGACACCUUGAAAGAUGGCAUCAUUCACCCUAGGAUCAAGGCCUCCUCAGAAAUAGAACCCCAUCAUAGCUCUGAACUUUCCAUGAAGCAAAAACCACCUGACCUCCAGGUCAUCCAGACCCAAUCUGAUCCUAGUGUCUGUUGGCUCAGUACUCC